GAUGGGUGAUGAAGAGGGCUGGAAAAGGGCCGUGAAAGCAGCCAAGGCUGGAUCCGCGCUGAACUGCUCAGGCAGCUGCUGCACCUCGCUGGCCAUGGCUGUGAAAGACCCCCUGGCGAUUGAAAGAGCAAAUCUAUUGAACAUGGCUAAACUGAGUAUAAAGGGACUCAUUGAAUCUGCUCUAAGCUUUGGGCGAACUCUUGAUUCUGAUUAUCCACCUCUCCAGCAGUUUUUUGUUGUCAUGGAACACUGCCUCAAACACGGCCUGAAAGUAAAAAAAUCUUUUCUAAGUUAUAAUAAAACCAUAUGGGGCCCUCUGGAACUUGUAGAAAAAUUGUAUCCAGAAGGUGAGGAGAUUGCUGCUAGCGUUAGAGAUUUACCUGGUCUCAAAACUUCCUUAGGACGCGCUCGGGCUUGGUUACGUUUGGCACUUAUGCAAAAAAAGAUGGCUGACUAUCUACGUUGUCUCAUCCUUCGGAAAGAUCUCCUCGGUGAAUUUUAUGAACACCAUGCAGUGAUGAUGGAAGAAGAAGGAGCUGUCAUUGUUGGAUUGCUUGUUGGGUUAAAUGUCAUUGAUGCAAACUUGUGUAUUAAAGGAGAAGAUUUGGAUUCACAAGUUGGUGUAAUUGAUUUCUCCAUGUAUCUAAAGAGUGAAGAUGACACUGAAGAUAAAGAAAGAAACGACCAUAUCGCUGCAAUAUUGGAUCAGAAGAAUUACGUUGAAGAAUUAAACCGGCAAUUGAAUAGUACAGUCAGCAGCCUCCAUACACGCGUCGAUUCACUAGAGAAGUCAAACACUAAAUUAAUCGAAGAGUUGGCGAUAGCUAAAAACAACAUAAUAAAACUACAAGAAGAAAACCAUCAUUUAAGAAGUGAAAACACACUCAUUUUAAUGAACACACAGCAUCAUCUGGAGAUGAAUAAAGUAGAUGCCGAAGCAGAACUUCAGACAUAUAAACAUUCCCGACAAAGCCUGGAUGAAAUGUAUAAUGAAGCACACAGACAGCUUCGAGAAGAAUCACAGUUAAGACAAGAUAUAGAGAACGAAUUGAUGGUCCAGGUUGGUAUGAAGCAUGAGAUAGAACUUGCCAUGAAGUUAUUGGAGAAAGAUAUACAUGAGAAGCAAGACACUCUUAUAAAUCUGCGGCUUCAGCUGGAGGAAGUCAAAGUGAUCAAUACAGAAAUGUAUCAGAAACUGCAGUUUUCAGAGGAAGCCAUGAAAGAAAAGAAUGAAAUAAUUGGUCGCCUGGAGAAUAAAACUAGUGAGAUUACCGCAACUAUGAAGCAUCUGGAACAAAGAUUGCAGCAAGCAGAGAAGGCUCACAUGGAAGCAGACAGUGAGGACAAGAAAGUUAAACAAGAUUAUAUGAAUAAAUCUGAAACUCUUCAGAAAGAAAUUGCCCAAAAGGAAAACCAAGUGUGUCAGCUGGAGACGGAUUUGAAAAUAGAAAGAGAAUGGAGACAAACCAUGGAGGAGGACCUUAAAAAGGAAAAAGAAACUACAUGUUUUCUCCAAACAGAGACUCAGCAAAUCAUUACGCUUAAAAAAGAAUUCCUAAAGUUGCAGGGAAAAAACAAGCAAUUGAGAAAUCUUUGUCAUGAUCAAGAAGAAGCUCUCCAAGAACUAGCCGGCAAACUUAGCGAAUCAAAGCUUAAAAUAGAAGACAUAAAAGAAGCAAACAAAACACUUCAGGGCCUGGUCUGGUUGAAGGACAAAGAAGCUACUCACUGCAAAUUAUGUGAAAAAGAAUUUUCUCUUUCCAAGAGGAAGCAUCAUUGUAGAAACUGUGGUGAAAUUUUCUGCAAUGCCUGCUCUGAUAACGAGUUGCCUUUGCCGUCUUCACCAAAGCCUGUUCGUGUCUGCGACUCCUGUCACGCGCUACUCAUACAGAGGUGUUCUUCCAAUAUGCCCUGAGUCUUCUGCAGAUGUUACAAGACGUUCACUAGGAGGACGAGUGCUGUUGUGUUGGCUGCUUAUAUAUAUUACUGCAAUUCCGGCUUAACGCCCUUAAUGUCAAAAUUGUGCCAUUGUUCUUGCAAUACCAGAAUCAGUCUCGUUUUGUACAGUGGCUCUGAGGCAAUGACUGAAAUGCAUCUGCUUUGCAGUUCUGCUUCUGCUCUUUUAUGUUGCCAGAUGUGCUAUUCUAGUAUGUGGGGCAGGACUGACCUUGUAAUGAAAGCUUUACGCUGAGAACAGGGAAGCCAAGGAACGGAAAUUGGAGCUGGAUAAUGUUACACGUCAACUGCACGAUUUGUGUAGUUUGGCGUCCUCCCUGACACUUCCACUGAAAAAGCAUUGUUGCGUACAGGUGGGCAAAGUUGAAUUAGGCAAAUUAUAAACAAGUAUAUAUACUUGUUCGGGGGGCAGAACUCAAGUUAAUUUUCUUGGAUGUUUCUACACAACCCUUUCAAGUUGGCCUCUGAUUCCAGCUUCUGGGCAACAGUUUGUGCAGGUUUAUAUUGAAUCUAGUAGAUGGGGAGUUGGAGGAUCUAAUUUAGCAAGAUGAUGGGUUUGCUUCUCAUGGAUGGACAGAUUCAUGUUCAGGGUCCAUCUAGAAUAGGCAGCUCAGGGCUGAAAGAUUUCCAUUCAGAGGUUCAGAUGAGAAAGGUUAGGGAGAAAGGUAUCUUACAGUCUUAAACCCUCUGGAAUCAAAAUCCAUGAUUAACUUCCCCAAUUGGUUAACAUGCAGCACUUACACUAGUUGCAAAAUAAUCCUUUAUAUAUCAAGGAAGGGUAGCAGGCACACUUGAGGGAUGUCUCUUUCCUAUACAGUGGUUGUCAGACAAGUGAUGCCACAUAAAAAGAUUGCCAGAGUAGUAACUUUAGAUGAGUUUUCCAUAUAUUGUACAAGAUUGGUUGGGGUAGACUUGCGAAAAGAAUGUAUCUGAAAAAUUGUCUUUAGAGACAAGCCUAGCUGGACUUUUUAUAUAAAUAGAGCUUUUAUAUAUACGCACAAACUAUUUGCACUUCUUUUUUAAUGUAAACUUAAGUUAUUCGAAAUGAUCUAUAAGGAAUAUAAAUUACAAACUUAGCAGAUUGCCAAAUGAAUUGUUAACCGAACAGGCCAGGAUGGUGUUGCUUUUAUUUGUUCUGUAGGAAAGUGAGAUUCCUUAUUUAAGUCAUUUUUUUUUUUGGGAAAACCACUGUAUCUAACUAACAAUUUUACUUGAAAAGUAGAGGAUGUAAUAAAAAGAAAUGGUAGUCUUGUACUGGUGGGUCAUUUUUAAUAGAUGUUGAAAACAGUUUUUAAUGUGAAAGCAUUACCUAUUCAAAAGUUACAAUGCAUUUUUUCCCAUUGGAUUGAUCUAAGAACCAACCACUCCUUUUUGAAUCUUCUUUUUGAUUCCUCUUCUACAACCCGGUGCCUUCCAGAUUUAUUAAAAAAAAAAAAGAUGGAGUUGCAAUAUAAGAUCAGUACAAGAUCCAUGAACGGCAGAUAUAACUACUGAGGUCAAUAGAAUUUGGUGCAGUGAUGUGCUGUUCUGUAAUUUUAAUUAGCGUUCAGUAUUUAAGGGAUACGAACUAAAACAGAUUUGAGAUAGUACAAGAAAUUA